AUGCAGACGAUCAAAUGCGUUGUCGUCGGUGAUGGAGCUGUCGGUAAGACGUGUCUCCUCAUCAGUUACACAACGAAUAAGUUCCCAUCCGAGUAUGUGCCGACUGUCUUUGACAACUACGCCGUCACUGUGAUGAUUGGCGGUGAACCAUACACUCUAGGAUUGUUUGAUACCGCUGGACAAGAAGAUUAUGAUCGGUUAAGGCCGCUCUCUUACCCACAGACAGAUGUCUUCCUCGUUUGCUUCUCGGUCGUAGCCCCAGCUUCGUUCGAAAACGUUAGGGAAAAAUGGGUACCAGAAAUCUCGCAUCACUGCUCAAAGACGCCUUUCCUCCUUGUUGGAACCCAAGUUGAUUUGAGAGACGAUCCAGGAAUGCUUGAGAAGCUUGCAAAGAACAAGCAAAAGCCAGUGUCCACAGAUGUCGGAGAGAAGUUGGCCAAGGAAUUGAAGGCUGUGAAAUACGUCGAGUGCUCAGCAUUGACGCAGAAGGGUCUGAAAAACGUGUUCGACGAGGCCAUUCUUGCCGCUCUUGACCCACCACAACAGGAGAAAAAGAAGAAGUGCACCAUCCUCUAG